AUAAAAAGUCAAUUUGAACAAAAUGUCAGUUAAUGUUGAACAAAAUCGUACAGCGAUUACGCAACGUUUGAAAUAAGCAAAUGAAGCAAACAAAUUUCAGUCCUACAAAUUAUGCUCGAAAUUUAAAUUUACCAGCGUGACAAUAAAUAAAACAGCAUACAAUGAAAUCAUCAUAAAGCUGGAUGAAAUUGCACACUCAUAUUUUCGGCAUCCAUUUGAUUACUCCUAUUCAGUUUCCAUUUAUUUUCGCAAAUUUUAAAUCGAAUAAAUUUCGCAGCAGCAGCAGUUACGAUAUCAAUCAGUAAGCCAGAUUCAGUUUUACAUCAGCGAGUCUUCAUAUCACAGGUGUAUGGAGCAGUGAAACGAAAUGUCUAAAAAACCAAACAUCUUUCGGACUUCAUUCACUGAGCAAUUUGUGUACAAACAACAUAAAACCGCGCUCAAUAAAAUUUCCAGUGCCGUCGAUGUAGGCCCGCCUUCAAUCAGAAAUGAUGCUUACCUUAAUUUACGGGGCAUGCGACAAGACAAGUUCGCGCUAAAACGCAUCAUAAAAGACAAUAUAAAGCUCUUGGAGAGGAUCAAUCGAAUUCGACGUACACACGGUCUCAGCGAUAACUACAACACAAGAAAAGCCGUAGCACAAACUAAGGUGCAUCAUUUGGUGCGACGCGUCGAAAGUAUAGAGUCGCAAAAUCAAUUAUUUGGAUGCAAGCUAUUAAAAGCAAAGCCUGUAUUGACGAGCGCAUCUCUGCCGGAUUCCUUGCGUAGCAGUAGAACAGUGCUAGAAAAAUGGAAUAUUCGUGAAAACCAACUUAUGGAACAACUGGUACAUCCAAAAAUUUAUCUCGAUUUGGAAGUAAAAAAUAUACGCCCGCUCGGCCGCAUCAUCAUACAACUAUAUACAGAAGCUUGCCCAGAAAUGGUAUUGGAAUUUGCGCGUACAGUUUCCGAAAACAAGUGCCAUCUGUUGAAUUUUAUACGCAUAUUUCCAGGCUUGUGGAUCGAGGGGGAAAUCUAUGUUAAUAAUCGGACGCUAAGCAGACCAAAUUUCGAACACGAUAUGACACUUUUACGACACGACUCCGGAUCGGGGAUUUUGUCCUUCGCCAAAUGUUAUUUAAAUGAAGGUUUUCCAUAUGGAUUACUCAACUUCACAGCCAGCUUCAAGCCCAUGCCGAUACUCAAUGGCGAACGAGUGGCUUUUGGCGAAUUAGUAGCGGGUCAUCGCGUGCUAGAUUGUGUGCAGGAUUAUGGCACAAAGAAUGGCAAAGUUCAGAAAGAGAUUGUGGUGGUGCAUAGUGGGCUAAAACCUUACUAGACCUGUGAAUGUUGAUUCCAUGUCGAACUUCAUUCUUAAGUAUUAAGAAUUUCAAGUAAUUUAUUAUUCAUGAUUCAAUAAUAAAAGGUUGUGUAAAGUUUGAAAA